AGAGCCUUACUGCGGAGGCCUGGGGAUCAUCUGGCUGUUAUCACUGAUGUCCACUGUUUAAUCCUCUGGCAGGUACGGGACAGGAUGGGAGGCUUCGCCAGCAACAGCAGUCAAGCAGGAGGAUGAGUGUCCAGAGACGGGAGGCCACGGACAGGUGCAAAGGUCUGGCCAAAACCCACGAGUCAAAGAAGAGAGGAGUUAAUCAGGGAUUACAUCAGUAACUUCAUAAAGCUGAGAUCAAAGUUUCUUUGAUCAGAAACCUCCGUUGACCUAAAGAACAGCAGAUCGUCAGAGAAGCACCAAAGUGGCAGCGUUGCCACAGACAGGUGGGAACGCUCAGACAAGCUGACACUGAGAGUCGGUCUGGACAGAAAGGGGAACCUGAAGCAGUUUCACAGGAAACUCCCACAGAGUUCUCGUCAGCGUUCAUAAGGAGCCGUCAGACCAGAAGAAAGGAGUGACGACCGUCAGACAAAAUUGGAGGAGCUCCUCACCCAGAGAAAACAAGUUGUUGGCAGCCUCACCUCUGAGGCAAGAGCGUCUUGACGAUGUGAAAGAAUCGCCGCUGAUCUGGAUCAGAAAAAAGAAAAGAAACGCGGUUCCGUGGCCCCUGAAGGGAUGGCUCUCCUCCAGGUCUUGAUGUGGUUGGUUCUCCCGAACCCGGCUCUCCUCUCUGGUCCGGAUCGCUGUGGCGUUCAUGACAGCAGCAGCUCAAACGACAUGUCGCCUUGGCUGCAGUCCUUGCAAUGCCACAAUAACUACAAGACCCAUGUGGACUGCAAAUGGAAGKCGCCGACAAACACGACUCUGCAGGUCUGGCUGAGGGAAAACAAAGGCAGCAGUGAGCCCUGUGUGCCUUUUAAAGACGAAAAAACAACCGAGGAUGGAGUUGUCCAGUGCAGAUAURAAACUUCGGAGCUUGGCAUAGGAACCAACCAUGCUGUCUUCUUCAUGAACAACCAGACAACAAGCCUCUGCUCGUCUUCCAAACACUCGUCUCUGGAUCUUGUUCAGCACCUGAGGGCACGUCCGCCUGGGGGUCUGACUGCGUCUGAGGAAAGCGAUGGCAGCUACCGGCUGAGGUGGUCCAGCCCGUAUUCUCCAUUGUCCUCUCUGAACCAGAACCUCUCGUAUCAGCUCAGCUUCAGGACGCAGGCCGAGGACGGGUGGACCACUGAGGCUGUGGCAGACACCAGCGUGAAACUGGAGAGGCAGAAGCUGCUUCCCGGCCAUCGAUUCGAGGCCAGAGUGAGAGCCAGGGCUGGCGUGGGUUGGUGGAGCGAAUGGAGUCCUGUGGCGAGCUGGAAAACCAGAGAUGACCUCGGGCAGGUUCCCUCUUUGGACUGUGUUCUGGAUGGAGAGAAGGAAGUGACGUGUAGCUGGGAGGUGAGCAGAGCGCUAGCUUAUCUCGUCACCUACCAGCUGAAAUGUCAACGCGACCCGACAGCACAGUUUGAGGAUUGUUGUGUGAACCCAGCUGUGAGUUCUGACCCCAGAGGGACAGAAGUGAGGUAUAGCUGUCCUCUCACCGAUGUAGACCCUGAACGUCUGCAGCUGAAGCUCCAGCCGGCACACAACGCCAAGACUUUUCAAUCGCACAAACACAUUCAUCCCAAUUCGCCAGUGCAGGUGAAAGUGAGGGAGAAUAACGGUGACUGGGUUGUGGAAUGGUCUCCACCAGCUGAGGCAGCUACAAAGCUGUUGUACCAGGUCCGGUAUUACCAGGCCUCAGAUCAGGGGUCCUCCGUGCAGCUGGACAUUUCCGAGGGGUCCACAUGGGUGAACCUCCUGGGAACGUCCCUCGUGCCGCUCCAGGACUACGAGGUGCAAGUGAGGUCACUGGUUGCCCCUGGAGAAGGUUCCAAAUACGAAGGAAUCCCCUCAGAAUGGUCUGAACCUGCGAACUGGACCUCGAAUAAAGCCGCCUGGUCCGUCUCCAAACUGAUUUAUUUCUUCUGUGGCGUGAUUGCAGUCGCGCUCUUUCUGACUCUGUACCACACCGUUCCAGUUUGCCGGAAGGAAGUUGUGAUGUGGGUGGACUCGGUUCCCUCUCCAGGCAAAAGCAAGAUCCUGUCUGAGAUCAAGACUUCCUCGUCCCCGACCCUCAUGCAGAGCGAGAAGACGUCCAUUUGUAGCGUGCAGAACCUCGACCGCGUAUCGACCUGCCAAUGUCUGCACUUUGCCGCCGUGGCGAUCGAGAAGAAAGAGGGGGCUGAUGACAAUAUGCACCUUUUCCCCUGUUGCAGCUCCUCAGAAGCUUUGCUUUGGCCGAACAAGAGCACUGAGACGACGUGCGCCGAUCAGAGCAGGAGCUGCUGGAACUGUGAUAACCUCCCCUCCCCUCUUGAUAACGUUCACGGCUCGGACACGUCGUCCAUGAGCUUCAGCGGGCCGUACAUCUUUUGUCAGGGUUCAGGACAAACGUCAAUGGAGGUCCAGCAAAACGAAGUCCGCGAAACAAAAUCGUAUGAAGCUGUGCCUCUCUUCCUGGCGCCAUGUCCUCUUCGUGACAGAGAUUACGUGUGUCUUCCCAACCGCACUCUGUCCAGGUCCACAGAGGACCUCACGUCCCACAGCAGCUCAGGCCCGAAAUGUCCUGAGCAGGACCGGCAGCACCUGAACGCCACACUGCGGCCUGUUCAGUCUGACAGCCGGUCCGGCUCCGCAGAACCAGCCACGAGAAAUCAACCGUCUGAUUACAUGGCAGGGCCGCUCCCCUCCUGGCCUCAAGAGGGCGCUAACUCGGGAUACUGCCAGCUCCCAGCAGCCUUCACGGCACCGUCAAAAUGAACAGCUGCAUGCAAGAAAAACAAAACAAACAAACAAACAAACAAAAACUAGCUAAUUUCAUAAGAACAAAGCAGGAUCGACCAGUGAUUGAGUUUUUGUAAGCUUCUACUUUAUUUUAAGCUCCUCAAGCUAUUAGAGGAAAAAAAGUAUCUUGUUGUCGUUACACAUAUUUUAUAUUGCCUUUACUGAUUUUAAUCAGUAAAGGCAAUACAUGAUCUACUGUAACAAGCUGCCACUCCAUGAAACUGCUAAAGCAAAGAGAUGGACGGUGAGUUAAAGUCAGAACAUUGACUCUGUGACCUUUUUCAGCAUUUUAUUUUCUGUACAGAGCAUUUGAAUCUCAAUAAAAGUUAAACACACAUGCUAAGAAGACAAAUUGGCAUAUUUACUGUGAAGUAAAGUGAAAGUACAAAAAUAAAUAAAGUGUUACAUGGGA